UGUCACCAUGGAGAAAUAUGUGAACUUAUUUAAGCGACAUGUGAUACAUUUCAAGUUGGAUCUGUGUUGCUUUAUGGCCCCUGUGAAAUCGGGGUUACUGGCGUUUGCUUGUCUACAUAUUUUGAUUGGGAUAUCAACACUGAUGUUUUUCGUAGAAGAAAGUUUCGAGCCCCUACUGUUCAAAGUUCUAAACGGGCUCUCUGAGGAAGACCCUCCAAAUUACGGACCCUCGUGCACGAUUGUCUAUGCUGUGGAACUUGGCUCUAAUGUUGUGCUGCUGUGCGGUAUAUUACGGAACGACCUCAUACUGCUUCGAGUUUACAUGUACUUCGCCUUCGGAGUCCUGACGGCUGCGCUUAUGGCGUACACCGUGAUGUUUGCUCCUCAAGUACUUACUGUGAAGUUCCUGAUUGCCGCCAGCAUCGGACACCAAAUCUAUAUGCUCCUAUUACUGCGAAGCGCAAUGCUCGAAAUAAAACAAGAUUUAAAACAGAACGAGAAUGACUAUGCAGUGAGAUAUCGGAAAACAAGCGUUAGAUACGUUCCAGGCACUAGAGAUAGGUACAGUGUUGUUAUCGAACCUUAUAGAAGACGUUCAACCAAUCCUUAUGAUAGAGAAGUUUAUAGACGAAGCAGCUCAUUGGUUCCUUUUAGCAGAGAAGCAUAUAGGCGAAGCUCUUCGAUGCCUUAUUAUAAAGAAGAACCUAAGCAAAGGCUAGUACCUGUAGUCCAAGAACAUAAAGGAAUCGAGGAAGAAAAGGCAACAGUGAUCUUACAUUCACCCGCGAAGGAAGAACUCGCUAAGGAAGUUGUUGAUAAGGAAGAAACGAUUAAAGAAGUUAAAGGGGAGGAAGAUAAGGGGAAAGAAGUUAAACGUAAGCGUAGCUUCUUUGGGAGGAAGGAGAAGGUGAAAAAAGAUAAAAGCAAGAAUGUAACGAACGAUUCAUAAAACGUGAAAUGACAGUGUUGAUAUUAUAAAAUUCAUGAUGAACAUAAUAGAGAAUAAGU